AUGAAAUCAAAUAGCACGUGGUUUGAUUCGCUGAAAUUGUUCUUGAUUUCAGCUGGAAUUGUGUCUCUAGCUGUGGGUGUAAGAUUCUUCGUUCCGGCAAUUAUACACGGCGUAGUUCAUGAAAUCCCGGCGCUUUGGUCCAUCUUACUGUCGUGGCUCAAGCCACCUUAUCUAUAUGUCAUCAUCAACGGAAUAAUCAUCAUCAUCGCUGCUGCGUCUCGCUUCCACCACAGGGAAUCUGAGCCGUCCGUUGAACCCGAGAAUUUAAUUUCAGUGAAAACGCCUCCGCCGUUGGAAUUUGCCUCAAUACCAACUCCGACUGAGAUUAGCACUGUUGUGGAGGAACCUCCUGCGGCAGUGGAGACGGCUUUGGUUUGUGAGAGUGAAGAUGGAGCUGUCGAGGUGAAGGACGUUGUGGUGAACGAUUCUGAGGUUAUGGAAAAUGACGACGUUGCAGAAGCUGAAGAUGAGGACGAUUUUAUUGUCUCCAAUUCGACGUACAGUACUCCACCCCAGGGUACAAUUUCUCCGCCGUUCCUCUUACCGAUAAGGGAGAAACCUCUGGCUUCUUCUAGAUUCGGUAAUCACCGGAAAAAUCUCAAAUCCAGUCCCGAAGGGACGAAGGCACUAAGGGUGGCGAGGCCAAAAACGCAAGAGACGCUAGAAAGCACGUGGAAAAUGAUAACGGAAGGACGCCCUGUACCAUUGACGAGACAGUGGAAAAAGCAAGACACGUGGAAAGAUCAUGAGCAGGACAUGACUGGGAACCAUUCAAAUCUCACGAACAAAAAUCAUGUAAAUCAUGACUCUCCCCGAGCUCCAUUGAGUUCAUAUCCAAGUUUGAAAGUUCGGAAAGAGUUGUCGGUUGGUCACGAGGAGUUGAAUCGCCGGGUUGAAGCCUUCAUCAAGAAAUUCAACGAGGAAAUGAGGAUGCAGAGACAGGAGUCACUGAAUCAGUAUAUGGAAAUGAUUAAUCGUGGUGUCUAG